AAGCUACCCAAGAUCCAAACCCAAUCUUUACUUCCUUCUUUUUUAAUAUCCAUUUUUGUUUGUUCCAAAUGCAAAUCUUUGUGGACAAUCCACUUAAAUUCUCCUGAUACAAUGAUUAAAAGAAAAAUGUCAUCUUUCACAAAGACUAUAUUUUUCUUGUGGGUCUUAAGCACUAAGCUCAGCGAUGGCCGCAUCUUCACUUUCAAGAUGCACCACCUUUUCUCUGAACCCGUCAGGAACUGGUCCAACUCCACUGGGAAACUCUCUCAUUGGCCUGCAAAAGGUUCUUUUGAGUACUACGCCGUUCUAGCUCACCGGGACCGCCUCCUCCGCGGCCGCAAACUCUCUGACAUCAAUGCAACCCUUUCUUUCUCUGAUGGCAACUCCACUUUCCGCAUCAGCUCUUUGGGAUUUUUACAUUAUACAACAGUUCAAUUGGGGACUCCCGGGGUGAAGUUCAUGGUGGCACUUGAUACAGGGAGUGAUCUUUUUUGGGUGCCAUGUGAUUGUACCAAAUGUGCUCCAACUGAAGGAACUACUUAUGCUUCUGAUUUUGAGCUUAGCAUAUACGACCCUAAAGGAUCAUCCACCAGCAAAAGAGUCACCUGCAACAGUAGCUUGUGUGCACACCGUAACCAAUGUCUCGGAACGUUCAGUAGUUGUCCAUACAUAGUCUCUUACAUGUCAGCUCAAACUUCUACUUCUGGGGUUCUACUGGAGGAUGUUCUUCACCUAACAACUGAAGAUGGUCAUGCAGAAUUGGUUGAGGCAUAUGUCACAUUCGGCUGUGGGCAGGUACAAAGCGGCUCAUUCCUGGAUGUUGCAGCUCCCAACGGUUUAUUUGGGCUUGGCAUGGAGAAGAUAGCAGUUCCGAGCAUUUUAUCACAGGAAGGUUUGACAGCUAAUUCUUUCUCCAUGUGUUUUGGACACGAUGGAAUUGGAAGGAUCAGUUUUGGAGACAAAGGUAGCCCUGACCAGGAAGAGACUCCGUUUAAUCUUAACCCACCGCAUCCAACCUACAACAUUACCAUAACUCAAAUUCGGGUGGGGACAGCUAUAAUUGUUGGUGAUAUUACAGCUCUUUUUGAUUCUGGGACUUCGUUCACAUACUUGGUUGACCCAACUUAUUCAAAACUAGCAGAGAAUUUCCAUUCGCAGGCACAAGAUAGGCGCCGCCCACCUGAUUCAAGGAUCCCUUUUGAGUACUGUUAUGACAUGAGCCCGGACGCAAAUGCUACUUUAAUACCCAGUAUGAGUUUAAAAAUGAAAGGUGGAAGUGACUUUCCAGUCUAUGACCCGAUAAUUGUCAUUUCUACUCAAAGUAAACUUGUAUACUGCUUGGCUGUCAUCAGGAGUACGGAACUGAAUAUUAUUGGACAAAACCUUAUGACUGGUUACCGAGUGGUAUUUGACCGAGAAAGAUUUGUAUUGGGCUGGAAGAAGUAUGAUUGCUACGACGUUGAGGAAACUAAUACAUCUGAAGUAGAAUCUUAUGCCGUCUCCACACCUCCACCUGUUUCUGCCGGAAUCCAUAAUUUUUCUACCCCAGAAUCAACUAGUAAAGAUAUCAGAAAUACCGAUUCUGGCAGUUGUGUUCCCUUGCGAACUUGCCAUCUCCAUAUUUCUCUUCUGGCUUUCUUCGGAGUUGUCUCCAUAUACAUGCAUAUGGCAUAUAUGGGUUAGAUGUCUAUCUUGUUGUUGUCUUAAGGCACAUAUGGCAGACAGAUUUAGCAAAGGAUAGGGAACUGUUGAUCAUUGUCGAAUUUUAGAACACCGAGUCCAAGACAGAGACAGUAUCGUCACAGUUUUGCUGGAAAUAAAACCAUGAAUCAGUUUUGAUCAGCGUAA